AAUUAAGUGAAUAAAAUAAAUAAUUUGCGAUGACGAAAAGGUUGAAAAUUGUGUUGGAAAUUUGGGGAUGAGUUUGGGGAAAUCAGUUUUACGAAAUUUGCCAGUUUCCUUCAUCAUUCUCAUCUUCUUCACCAUCUACACAAUUUACCUCGAAUUUGUAUGUUUGCCGACGUUUGAGAUCGAAGUUGGACUUGGAAAUUAUAGUAUCAAAUACACUAAAGACGCCAUCACGCAUCUUCUCUACUUUCAUGUUUUGGGAUUAUUACUACUCUGGUCAUUUAUUAUGACUUGUAUUACCGAACCCGGCUUCAUUACAGAUGAAUGGAAAUUGGAUCCGAAUAAUAUAUAUGAUUGUAUUGAACGUAAACAAAACGGCGAGUUGAGAUAUUGUAGGAAUGAGAACUGUUAUAAGCCAGAUCGCGCUCACUACUGCCGACCGUUAGGUCGUAAUGUUCUUAAAAUGGAUCAUUACUGCCCCUGGGUAUCGAAUGGUAUAGGAUUUUAUAAUUAUAAGUACUUUUUUUUGACGUUGUUUUAUUCGGACUUGAUUAGCAUUUUCAUGUUCAAGAACAUUACCAAAGCUUUCUAUCGGAGCUAUUACGAUCCCAACUCCAAAUUCUACCAACUCUUCUAUCUCUCACUCAUCUCCAUUCUUAUUCUCAUUAUCUCACUGAUAAUAAUACCCUUUACAUUAUUUCACUUGUUUUUGAUAAUAACGAAUAAAACUACGAUUGAGUGUUUCUCGUGGAAUAGCACUCCGAAACACAGUUACAAUCUCGGACUCUUUCAUAACAUACAAGCCGUCCUCGGCACGAAUAUAUUAUUGUGGUUAUUGCCCGUUGGUAAACCACCGGGUGACGGCAUACACUUUCAAACCAAUCUCACACCUCCAUAA